AAUUUCCCUACUUUUCAGCGGGCUCAUUGAACCUUACAUCUACAGUUUUUUCAUUCGUUGAAAAUACCAGUUGUACAUGUUUGUGGUGUCUUCUUCAAUGUCAGUACAAAAUUUAUGCGACAUUUUUCUUUUUUAAAGAUCAUCUUUCAUUCUUUGACGGGUUAAUCUAGUUCUUGGAAAAGUUGUGCCGGUGGCAGAGCUCUUGAAGGUCUUUAAAGGAUGCAAAUUUGACCACUAGCAUAGAAGAUCCUCCGAAUUUUAAAAGCUGUAGGGAUUGUAAAUAAUUGGUUCUCUUGUUUUUGAAAACUAAACUCUGCUUUCACAUGGCAAAAGGAGGAGAUAAAAAGAGAGUGAUAUGCCCAGAAGGUUUCGAUCUCAGGCCACUACAAGUGAUGGAAUUCAUUGGUUUUGAAUUGGAAAUCGUGACACCCACAUGCAUUCAAGGCCGCUUUGUGGUUUCAGAAAGGUCCGCUCAGGCACAUGGAGUUCUUCAUGGAGGUAUAUCAGCCUUCAUUGCUGAGAGUCUUGGAAGUCUUGGUGCUUUUGUGGUUUGUGGAUUCCAACCAGUUGCAGGAGUGGAUCUUAGUAUCAGUCAUCUUCGGGCUGCUCCUAUUGGUUUGGAGAUUGAGGCAAAAGCAACUCCAGUUCAUAUUGGGGGCAUGUUACAUGCACACCUUGGAUAUGACAACUACUAUGUGAUGUUUGUCUUGUCAACAUAGCUAAGAAUAAAUCUAGAAGGAUGAAACCUACAAUGUAGUGUAGAAUUGCAUUGACAUUCCUAUUUCUAGUUGGGAUGUAUUUGGAGGGUGAGUAUUAGUGAACCAAGUAAUGGGAUGAUGCAUACAAUAAGGUUGCAUCCACUUCCUAUUAUCAACUGAGCACCAUGUGUGAGUUAAUCACUGUGUACAUGUAUAAUAAUGACCUUAUUUGUUAUGUAUUGUUAUAUUUAUGUCAUUUCUAGUGAUCACAACAUGUAGUAUGGGGUGUUUGUCUUGUCAUAAAAAAAAAAUGA